AGCGACGAAUUAUCCCCGAAAGUAUCUUAGUUGAACCCUGCAGUAGGAGAUUUAGGCUGUCAUAUUUCUCUGCCGUUUCUUUGCAUUCUGCUGGAGGCUUGGAGCUAAUACUUAACCUCUGGCUGUCCCCGCUUCGGACCUAAGGGUGAUUGUCUGACUGACUCGAUGGGAUUGCUGGACACCUAAUCCAAACACCGAGACUUCAAAAACAACAAAUUAAUGUCCCAAUGAUUGGAUCCGCGACCCAGAGAAAUUGAUUCCAUUUCGUGAGCCAUCGCCUGGAUUUCACGAACUGACUGGACUUCCAAAUAUGAAAGCCGUCACAACAAUAACUUCGCAGGCCGAUGCCGAUAACCGUCUCUCCUCCUGCUCCACCAUCCACGGCACCUUGACCAUCUCCCCAUCCGUCACCGGCACCAUCACCCUCAAACAGCUUGAGACGCUCAACGCAGGUCUAACCAUCCAAAAUGUCUCCGCGCUGACGGCUUUCUCCGCGGCGAAUCUCGAAACCGUCAACGGACAGUUUUCCAUCAAGAAUAAUGCUCAGUUGAGCACCCUGACGUUGUCAAAUUUUCAAACGGUCAGCGGAGAGCUGGAUGUCGAGGACAACUCCCAGCUCAGAGAUUUGGUGUUGGAUGAUUUGCAGUAUGUGAACGGAGCGUUGGUCCUGAGUGGGAAAUUUGAUCGGAUAUCAUUUAGCGAUCUCAAGCAUGUUAACGGCAAGACGAAUAUCCGGUCGCGCGGUGGAUCAUUUCGCUGCUCGAGUUUGGAUUCCCUCCGGAGUCAGGAUGAUGACGACGAUGACGACGACGACCACAACAAUAACAGCAACAGCAAUGGCGUGUUCAGGGGAUCUUAUAGCUGCUCUGACGGCUCCAGCAGCGGGCUAAGUUCGGGAGCAAAAGCGGGCAUUGCGAUCGGCGUGAUCGUGCUUGUUCUGCUGAUUUUCCUCUUAGUAUGGGUAUUGAUGCGUCGGAACCGAUCACGGCGCAAACGACGGAACGCGGCCCAAGACGAGGGCAAAUCUGGAUACGCGGCUGUUGGAGUAGGGUUGUCGCAUGAUCGCAUGAUCUCAAAUAUGGAGGAGAAACUGAAACCUCGAGUGUCGGAACCGCAUGAGCCCGAACAGACGAUCAAUCUGAAUAAUAUCCCACGGAAACCACUCUCGCCGCCUCCACCAUCGUUGUCGACCGACGCAGGUCGCACAAUUUCAACAAUCUCGCCAUCUUCUCCCCCGGUACCGGCUGCUUUGAUUCCCGGCACAGAAAGCUCGUCCAGCUCUGUUCCGACGUCUGAUGACCAAAACGCGUUGUUCCUGCAUGCCAUCCCCCGACGGAGGCCAUCUGAAACGGACGUCCCGUUAUUGGAUAGUGGGAACGUGCAUGAAGUACCGGCCAGUCCGGUCGCGCAUAGAGGAUUGUAUGAGUUGGACGCUGGGCCUGUGCGAGGGACGCACCAGCAACCAAUUAACCACGAGUAAUCAACUCAUUGUCGCGUAUGACGGCGCGUGACGAAGCAUGAUUGACGAGACUUCCGGAAACUGUUGGUCAGCACGACCCAACAAAUAUACCCUGAGAUAGCGAACAUAACGAAACAGCAGUCCAUCAUCUAACUGUACAAUUAGAUUGCAAUUGAGAAAUCGUAGCCAGACCGACUUGGGGUAACCUGAAAUGUCCCCAAUCAUGAUAGUAUACAUCA